CAGACUUCCUGGGACUGAUUCCGGAAAUGCGCAACAAAAUCUACGAGAUCUUGCUGCUCGAGGACCAUGAGAUUGAUUUCGAUAAACAACGGAGACCCUUGUACGACCUUCGGAGCCUCUCUCUUGUCAAUAAGCAGGUCAGCAACGAAGCCCGAUGGAUCUACUUUUCAAUCAAUACCUUUCGUCUCGAGACCGGAUUCUUGUCAAUCAAUAGCCCGAUUCAGUUUCUGAGACGCAUUCCCAUCAAAUGUGCGCCGGCAGUCAGACGUCUCACCUUCACCACUUUUCUCGGUAUCAAGCUUCAACCAGAGACAGAUGUCCUACCUAAACCACGGAAGUUUGACCCAAAGAAUAUCACCGAGGUAUCACGCGCUGUGGAUGGCUAUCUGAAGAAAAUGACUGAUGCAAGACGCGCCGAGGAUAUGGCUAACUACCGCUUCGACAUCAACGACCAACAACGUCUGAACAUCGGAUCUCUGCAUAUGGCCAUCCGCAAUCACUUUCCGCACCUCGCGUCAUUGAACAUUGAGUUCAUCAAGGUAUCUUUUGUUCCGUUCUCGCUGUAUGCCGCAGAUGGGAUCCUGGGUGAUAACGCUGCGGAGCUGGCGCACCUUUUACAGCCUCUAUUCAAGUUUCCUGAAUUCCGCAAGAUAACCUUAGUACAAAAGUCAGAUGUGAAACUGGACUGGCUGGCUGAGAAGAUUCGGGAAGCAAGAGAAGCUCCGGUGGGAGUAGUCAAAGUGGUUCAAGCGUGAUUAGUGGGGUCUGUCUUGGUGGCCAAAGGCGUUCUGGG